UUAAGAAAUCCUGUUGUUGUUUUUCCAACAAUGACACUUUGGUCUGCAACCUUUCCUGGUCCUUGUCGUUUCUAACCUGAGCCUUUUCACAUUCUUAUUGUUGGUUGUUUGACUGUGUCUCGUCCAGGUCACAGAAUGCAGAGUUUAUCUUGGCUGGCUGUUCCAGCAUUCUUCUUGUCUUGAAGUCCAGCCAGUCUUAACCUUCUUCUCUUCUUGGCUGCCAGCUGGCACUUUGCCUAUAGUGACAAGUGAGGGGAGGAGCCGUGGACAGGGGGUGUCCUACUUUUGCCCCGUCUUGCUUGCAGUUCUUGUGUGCCACCACAGUUCUUGUUCUGAUUCCUUGAGAGGCAGAAGUUUUGCUCUUUGGCAGGACCUAAAGGUUGAAUUUUGCUUUUGAAAGGUGGGGGGAAAGGCACUAUCUCUGGCAUUUUCUAUUGCCCCCCCCCCACAAGCCGCUUCCUGGAUCCUUUCCACCUGAACUUAUGACCAAGGAUUCCACCAUAGCCCCAGCUCUUGCUUUCCAGUUCCAGAAGAUGGGCUCAUUCCGGAGGCCUCGGCCACGUUUCAUGAGCUCCCCAGUACUGACUGAUUUGCCACGGUUCCUGGCAGCUCGGCAAUCUCUGCAGCUUAGCUCCAACUCUGCCUGGAACAGUGUUCAAACAGCCGUGAUCAAUGUGUUCAAAGGGGGAGGCUUGCAAAACAAUGAACUCUACAUCCUCAAUGAAAAUGUAAGGCGAUUGUUGAAGAGUGAACUUGGAUCCUUCAUCACAGACUAUUUCCAGAACCAGCUCCUUUCGAAGGGCUUGCUGUUCAUGGAGGAGAAGGUUAAACUUUCUGAAGAAGAGAAUCGCAUUGACAUAUUAUCUGAAAUCUGGGAUCACUUCUUCACAGAGACUCUUCCCACACUCCAGGCUAUAUUUUACCCUGUUCAGGGCCAAGAAUUGACUAUUCGCCAGAUUGCGUUACUCGGCUUCCGAGAUUUGGUCUUACUGAGAGUGAAUUUGGAUGAGAUUCUUCCUCGGGUCCAAGCCAAGCUUCCACCUUCCAUUGUCCAGAUGCUGCUGAUUCUACAGGGAGUACAUGAACCUACAGGUCCCAGUAAGGCCUUCAUGCAGUUGGAGGAGCUUGUUAAACUGGUGGUCUCCCCAUACCUCGGUUUGUGCGAAGAACACUGCUUCCCAGGUGGUACUUGUGCUCUGGAGAGAAGGUAUCAUAGACCUCGUGCCAAACCCAAUGGGCUGAGCUUCUCUUCUCACGCUGUGGCAGACCGACAAGUCAGCGAGACUGCCUUGACGCCUCUGACUGAGCAGGAGGGUGAGGCAUAUCUGGAGAAGUGUGGGAACAUCCGCCGCCACACCGUUGCCAACGCUCACUCUGAUAUCCAGCUGUUGGCCAUGGCUUCCAUUAUGCACUCUGGGAUGGUGGUGGAGGAACCAGACAGUGGCGACACAUGCCUCCUCCUGCAGCCCAGCUUAAACCACAGGCAAUGUUCCAGUGAGCCCAUGAUAGUAGAUGGACCGGAAGGGCUGGGGAAAGCAUCCAUGCAGGAACCCACAGAACUGAACUUCACAUCUGUCUGCUGAAAUGCUGUGUGGAGGGAUGAAGGAUCAAGUGUGUUAGGCAAACCAUUGUUUUGUCAUUUGCUGAGAACAGUGGAGGAGCCAAACUCCAGAAAUGAGAUCAACAUGCCAUGUCCUAACUUAAUAUUGGAAGACUUUUUGGAAAUAAUAGUUUCCAGGCCAGGUUCUAAUUUUAUGUGGCUUAUAUAUACUGUUUUCAAGGUACAAAGCUGCUACGUUGAAGCAUUCCAAUGUCACCUUCCCUUUCCUUUUCUCUGGAUUUUUCAGACCUUUUCUCCUCCUGAGUUGCUUUUUCACUCUUUUGUCACAUCUUAUGUGUGGCGUCCUAUGAAAUCAGGGGAGAAUGAUCAAUACUAUUAGGCACACACUUUCCCCUAGCGACAGUUUGUGGCACAUACAGGAAGCCAGCUAUGAAGCAUGCUGGUUUUGCAGAACGCAGAUGAUCAGUACUGAAGUACUGUGCAAGUCUGAACCAUCAGGAUGGGUGAAACUACACCCAGUUUCCAGAGAUAGAA